AUGUCUUCUCUCAUCAGCCGAGCCUUACGCCGUCCUCGCGCCAUCCUCAAGUACCAGAAGGAGCACACUAUCCUGGUAAAGAAUAUCCACGCCUGCAUCGGCAUUUUGUACCGAAUUCCCGAGGGCAACUACCUUGUCGAGGUCGCCCUCAACAUCCAGUCCCUGAAGAUCCAGGCAGACAAGGUGAAGUGGGCUUCCCAGGCUCUUGCUAUCGAAGCCGCCGACAUGCCCUUUGUCACCUCCAAGGGGGUCGAUCACUUCAGCUGCUUCAUCCCCCGUUUCUGCGACUAUAUCGGUAGUGAAACUACCCGGCUGGCUGAGACCCUCCAAGAUCAUAUCCACAAGCCUGUUCCCAAAACUGAGCACGGGAUCCAAUUUGAGAUGCUGAUCGCAACGGAUCUGCAGAGUGUACUUGCUAAAAUGGGAACCAUUGGAAUGUAG